AUGAGUUUCCUGAACAAAGUUGUUCUUGUGACCGGAGCCAGCUCUGGUAUAGGAGCCGCUACUUCAAUUCUAUUCGCCAAAGAAGGUGCUAAGGUCGCCAUGAUUGGUAGAAAUGAGAAGAAACUACAGAACGUUGCACAGCAGUGUAAAACGAAACCCUUGGUUAUAAAAGCAGAUAUAUCCAACGACAAUGAAGUAAGAGGUCUGAUAAAAGAUACUAUAGAUACAUUUGGUAAACUAGAUGUUCUAGUGAACAACGCUGGAAUAGUUCGAUACGCUAGUAUUUUAGAUGAAAACCUAAUGAAAUGCUACGACGAAGUUAUGCGUACAAAUCUCCGUGCACAUGUGUUCACGACGCAUCUUGCGUUACCGUAUUUGAUAAAGAGUGGAGGUAAUAUCAUAAAUGUAUCUAGUUCAGGCGGUUCAUCUUUACCGGCGAUACCGUGUAUUUUGUCGUACUUAAUUUCAAAGGCUGGUGUUGAUCAUUUUACUCGAGCGGCUGCUUUGGAACUAGCGCCAUCUGGUGUGCGAGUGAAUGCAGUCAGCCCAGGGCCAGUUAGAACAGAUGUUAUGGAAAAUUCUGGAAUCCAAGCCUCCUGGGACGAAGCCAAACCUCUAACGGUGCUCAAUAAAAUAGCAGAACCUGAAGAAAUAGCUGAACUUAUUAUGUAUUUGGCGAGUGACAAGGCGAAAAGUAUAACGGGUUCUAAUUAUGUUUGUGAUAAUGGAGCGAAACUAAAGUGUUAA